AUGCUGAACACCAGAGCUCAGCUAGAUGAGGACAGGAACAUCACAGCGCUGGUCCCCAGACAGUCUCUAGAGGUCCAUGAGACUGUGGCAGAAUGCAUGAUCUACGCUAACUGCUGGGUGGCACGCAAAAUCCAGGAAGCUUUUCCCCAUCAUGCCCUGUUGAGGCGCCAUCCACCGCCCCGACAGGAGCUGUUCAGCCAGCUGGUGAACACAGCAAAGGCCAGGGGGUUCACCAUUGACACCAGGACCAACAAGGCUUUAGCUGACUCUUUGGACCGAGCCGUGGCCCCCCAGGACCCACUGGUCAACAGGCUGCUCAGAAUGAUGGCCACCCAAGCCAUGUCCCAGGCUGUGUACUUCUCCACUGGUUCUCACCCUGAAGACCAGUUCUACCAUUAUGGUCUAGCUUUGGAUCGCUACACCCACUUUACUUCACCAAUCCGUCGAUAUGCUGACAUAGUGGUUCACCGCCUACUGACUGCAGCUCUGGCGAUUGAAAAGGGGGCGGAGCUUGUUAAAGCACAGUGCAGUAAUAAAGACAUGGAGGAACUGGCUGAGCACAUUAACAGCAGGAACAGGGCAGCUCAGCAAGCCCAGAGUUCAUCUGUCGGGGUGUUUCAGUGCCUCUUCUUCAAAGAACGAGAUCCUCAGCAGGACCCGCGCUGUGUGUCCGACGCUAUCAUCUACUCCAUCCGAGAUAACGGUGUGCUGGUGUUCAUCCCAGAGUAUGGUGUGAAAGCUCCGGUCUAUAUGAAGAACAAAGACUGUCAGGUGGUGUCAGUGGGGUCAGACGGCAGCUGUGAGUGGCAGAGCGGCACCAUCCAACGAUUCUCGGACCACAUCAGCACCACGUCAAACUGCGGCAGUGCCAUCUUCAGGCUCUUUGAUCACAUCACAGUUCGUAUUUCGGUCAUCUCCAAUAACUUCCACGCCAACACACUCAACUUAGAGGUCAUCAGCAACAAGCCACACCUCAGUGCGGCGCCACAGCAGUCCUACUCGCACAACCGCAACCAGGUGGUUCAGGAAGUGGUGCGGCUGGCUGAGGAGGCACAGGAGAAGGCAGCCCAGAAACCCAAAUUUUCCAAAGAAGAGAGAGAGUUCAGGCAAAGCAGAACUCCUAAUUUGUACUCUCUCAUGGAGGAGGUCCGAGAGCUGGCCCUGAUGGAUCUGGACACGAUCUCACAAAUUUGUGCAACGACUGCUUAAAGCAGAUGCACCACAGACAUGUCUCAGGUCAAACGU